GAGAACGUAUGGGAAUGACAAUAAACUGUGCGACGCGAGUAGAGCAUGGAAAUUAAGGCGGGCGCGAGCAGGACGCACGAGUCGUUGAAUAUGAAUUGAACUUCAAAAGACGAUAGGAGACGAUGGAGUAGGGGAGCGGCGCGGGCGAGAGGAGCGGCGACGAAAAAGCGACGUUCAGGCAGGAAUUGGAAACUGGAAGUGGAUUUGUAAGUAAAAUUGAUUACGGGACGGUCGAUGUCGAUUUUUUGGCCAGCCACGGAAGAGCAAUAAUUUCUGGAGCAGGGUUUGGCCUGGCCGCGAAGUGUUCCCGUGCGAAAAACGCAGUGAAUCAGGAAAGGCGAUGAUGUGGUCUAGUGAAUUAUGCAGACUCGCGAGUGAUUUCCGUAAAUAGUUGAAAAGUACGCGAGCAGAUUACAAGUUCGGGGCCACUCCGGCCCGUGCAGCAGCGUAGCGGAAAGCGGAGCCCCAGCAGCCCAGGCCGCGCCGAGUGCCCGCGGCGGACAGCCAAUUGGAGCCCCGAGCCGCUUGUGCCAGCGCAUACAUUUUCCAUUCAUUUCAUUUCGAUUUCGAGAUACAUUUUCGGUGCGUUCGGUGUGUCGUGCAAUAAACAACAUUAUUCAGGCGCAUAUCUUGAAAUUCAGCAUAUUGUAAUGCAAUUACUAAGAAGAUCAAUUGUUACACAACUUUGACAAUCGAUAAGAGAAAACAGACUGACGACACGAAAACCCGUGGGAGCCGAUAACAAUGUCGUUUUGUAGUCGAAGUUUUCCAGCUAAAUGCACAGAUGCAUCGUGUUUCCAUCAACUCCAACAGAUGCAUCAUUCACGAUCGUUGCGAUCAUUUGGUGAUCCUAAUUGUCCAUCGGGAGGUGGUUCCAAUUUGAAUCAACAACAACCCGACAGUUUACUUGAUAUAACGGCGCGAAUUGUAGCACAAAAUGAACCCUUCCAAAGAAUCGAGGAACGUUACGAAAGGAUACCGGAACCGGUUCAACGGCGGAUCAUCUUCUGGUCUUUUCCACGCAAUGAAAGGGAUAUUUGCAUGUACAGCUCCUUGUCAAGGACAACAUCUUCUGGCGAAACGCAAAACAUCAGCUUUUGCAAGGGUAUGAAACUGUUCGAGGCUGGUUGUGUAGAAAAUGUACUACAAGUUGGAUUCCAUUUGAGCGGUAUAGUGUGGACAUAUCCUCCUGGUAAACAUGAUGUCCACAAAAACAAUGUUCCUUCACAUUCCAUCAGUGGAAGUAAUAGUUAUCAGGGCGGAAACUAUGGUAAUACUCAUCACUCAGCAGGGAGAUUUUGCGAAUCAGAUGCACAGAAUAGCAGCGGCAAUACAUUCAACGGGGAAGAAAACAAGAAAUACAAAGUGUCCGUUAGCUUUGAUAGAUGUAAAAUAACCUCAGUCACAUGUAGCUGCGACACAAAGGAUAUUUUUUGGUGUCAUCAUGUAGUCGCACUGUCAAUAUACCGAAUACGAAAGGCCGAAACGAUAAAAUUGAGGGUUCCUAUAUCCGAAACGUUGCUACAAAUGAGUAGACAACAACUGCAAAAAUUCGUACAAUAUUUGAUCUCAGCUCAUCACACAGAAGUUCUACCUACAGCACAGGAACUUGCUGAUGAAAUCUUACAACAAAAGUCUGAAAUAAAUGCUAUUUGUGGAGCACCAGAUCCAACUGCUGGAGCAGCAAUUGAUGAUGAUCAUUCAUGGCAUUUGGAUGAGUCGCAAGUUUGCGAGGCUGUUAAAUCAUAUUUAGGUCAAGGAAGUUAUUAUAACGGGAAUAAGCAAUUAAAUUCAUUGUUUUCGAAAGUCCGUGAGAUGUUACGGGCGCAAGAUUCAAACGGUGCAAGAAUGUUGACUCUUAUUACUGAGCAAUUUUUAAGCGAUCCUCGACUCAUUGUAUGGAAAAAUCAAGGCACAGCUAUGAGCGAUAAAUGCCGUCAGUUAUGGGAUCAGUUAGGAGCACUUUGGGUUUGUAUUGUACUGAAUCCUCGAGCAUUGCCAACAGAAAGGCUUUACUGGAAGGGGUUGUUGGAGAAAUGGUCGAAAAGUGAAGUUUGCCCACAAGAAGAUCCUGAUUUCCGGCCACCUGGAAGAGAUAAUUACAGGGAAAUGUCCCUUCGUGAACGCCAACGGGAUCGUAAUCGGUUUUUCCGAGAAAAUAAUAUUCGCAACAUCAUACAUCGGAAUCAAGAAAAUCGAAACGUCGCUUACAAUAACAAUAACAACAACAAUGAGGAGGAAGAGGAAAGUUCUGAGUCUGAUUCGGAAAGUGAAGCUGAAGAUGAAAAUGAAGAGAAUGACAUUCCUCAAGAGGAUCGCCGUGAUAUCAUUAUGGAUCGAAUGGAUUUCCUUCAAAAUGCUGAUGAAAAGAAUGAGAAUGAAGCAAAUAACAGCGAUGCAGUCGUGCUACCAGAGUCGCUUGGUUUCGGGGAGAGUAGUCGGUCAUUUGAGGACAAAGAUGCAACGUGUUCAAGAAUUAUCGCCCCACCGGAGAACGAUGAAAGCUCUCGUGAGUCCAUGGAUACCGACGAUGAUAAUGGUAUGGACUUCCCGGAUGCAGGAGUAAGAAAAGAGCUGGCUGCAAAUAAUUUGAAUAUAGCUCCAGAGGAAACGUCACAGGACACGAAAGCAAAUGAAAAGUUUUUCGAUAAUAAAGACUUUGAGUGCUUGCGACUCACAGACGACACUAACUUCGAUGAAUCCAAACAGAUUAUAGAUUGCAGAUGUAAUAAAUGUCUUUUUCCAACCGAUCGGCAAUUGUGUGAUACUUCUGCAGCCAAUGAACUUUUUGAUAUCAAUGCCGGAACUGAGGAUAAAAGUGACAUUGAAAUGUUGGAAGUCGGUUCCAGGCAGCCCGAAGAAAAUAUGGAAACCCUUAUAACUAGUGAUGAUCAUGAUAAUAAGCAAUCCCAAAAAGAUGAUUUAAGCAAUGUUACUAUGACUGAUACUUUAAAUAAUGAUAAUUCUAAGGCAGAUGCAUCCAUUGUAGAAAAGCCAGGUUGUAUGUGUUAUAUAGAAAAACUGGAUCAUGUAAAUGGGCAUUCUUCGAAAAUGUGGGAGGCACUAGCUAAGCUAGAAUGUGAAAAGUGCUCUCAGAAAACUAAAAUUCCACCAGAAGUAGUUCCGAGUGUUGAAAAAGUUGAAUUAGAAACGAAAAAAGAAAUUAACGAAGUUGUAGCUGGACCUACGCAGAAAGUAAAUGUAAGAAAUCGGGAUAGUAUUGGCGACGACAAUCCGCGUCCUGCUAAGAAAAUGAAAUUGAACAAUGGUAGCUCAUCUAGUAAAAAUAAAACUCCGAGAACCAUUUUCCAUAAGGCUUUGGAUGCAGUGAGUAUGACCUGGGAUGAUAUGCACUUACAAAACAUACUGUCGGCUCAUUUUGGCUCUAAAGAAAGCGUUUCGGCUAUGGCAGGCUCUAGUUCCAGUACUGGACAGAGUUUGAUUCCAAUAACAGCAGGUGGUGCGAAGCCCAAAUUCAACAAAGAAAAUCAACCACUAUGGCAUGAGCCACUUUCCAUGUGUGCUGCUAGAAUUGAUUCUCUACGAUCUCAUGGCCAUUCGGAAGCUGCACUUCGGUUAUCGGUAAGUGUGGUUCGGACGAUGAAGCAAAUUCAGAAGGAUGCUCAGUCGCUAUGGCAGCAGAGUCAAAUGGAUCCAUCUCAGCCCAAGUGCCCGGACCCGGAUGAGCCACAAAAGGAGAUUUUAUGUUGUUGCCGAAUAGAGAAGCCACCACGUCCUGAGAUGUACAGGCCUCCACCGCCACCAGUGUAUCAGCCAGCAAAUCCAAUCAAACCUCCGCAUCCGCCGCCACUUCAACAUAAUUACAUGCCCAAGAAAGAUCUUCGUAACUUUAGUCGUAGUUGCCAAAAAUGCAUAGCCGCUUCUCACCAUAGUGAAUAUAGUUCAGAGAGAAAAUCAAACAAUUAUUUAUAUGCCGAUAAUCGCCAUCAUACCGAGUAUAACCGCUUUAAUUCAAUGAAUCAUUCCAAUAUGCCAUACCACCCCGUAGUCGAUAUGCCUUACGGGAAUUCUUCCUAUAGUUCUAGUUCACGGCUUCCCCACUAUUAUAUGAAUCAUUAUCGUUCGAAUACAAAUGCAAAUGCUCUGGAGCAUUGUCGCGUGCCACAUAAUAUAAAUCACCACCAGGAUGUUUACCCGUAUAACAGUCACUAUCCAAACUGUAAUAAGCAUUAUAGCAACCUAUAUUCGUACCCGCAAAUCAAAUAUCAUGGCGGCGGUGAAAGUUCCAAGGACUUACCCGUUCAACAGAUGAAUCCUCCCCCUAGCAAUAUUUGUGGAUGCUUUAAGAAUCCAAUGCCUAUCGAAAAACGGCCUAAUGAAAUGUCCGAAAAGUGCAUUAAACCGUCAUCGGCGUGUCCGCAGCCUCAUGCCCAAGCGGCACCGCAACCUCAGCCUCCUCAGUUGAAACGGGGCGAUCCAUUUUGCACAAAAUCAACGUGCUGUCAGAACUUGUACGAUCCCAUGGCGCAUAAAUAUUGUCGAAAGUGCGUUCCUAUGACAAGUAGCGCUGCUUCAAGUAGUAAUGCAAUGAAUAAAAAUUGCCAUCCAGUGCUUAAACCGCCAUUGGCCGAACCUUGCUCUAGCAGCAGCGCUGCAGUUGCGGGUCCUUCGAAACAAAGCAAAAUUUCUGACAAUCCUGAGAUUAACAUGGUGAAUUAUGGCGCGUCAACUUCUAAAGAUGCACUUGCUGCGAUAAACCCGCCUAGCGAUAUAUAUAAGAAACGGAAACCAACAUGCGUAGCUAAUUGUUUUGAUUGUUCGAUUGGAUGUGAAGUUGAUUUUCCUCUUGAUGCUGUGGCCUGUAUUUUCGAUUGCCUAUCCGAAGCGUGUAUUGUAAGUGAUCCUAGAAGCGGUGUUGAGAUGAAUCGGCUUACGUUUGAAAAUAUCACUGCUACAAAUGAAGAUUCAAAUAUUAUUCCUCCAAGGUAUCAACAUGUUCAAGUUCCUGAUUCUGUAGAUAAACGUGAAACAUAUUUGACGCUAGCAUUUGAGGCCGCUGUAUUAGCCUUGGGCAAGCAACGCAUAAUGCCACAAGGAUUCUAUGCCCAGCAACUAAUUUGCAAGCAACAAGAACAAUUGAUCGCACGUCUGAGGCAGAUCGAUUUGGAUAGAACUCUAGUCGAAGUCCUGAAAAAUUUGACUCUACAAAUGUUGGAUGGUGGACCGACUAGCGGUUUUGGCGUUAAAAUUCAUCCGGAGUCAGUUCCUAUGCAUACACUAGCCAGAUUCCUAUUUGCAUCACUAUUAAAUCAAUAUCCUGACUUGGCAUUUCGUGCUGGUUUACGAGCAAUGCGUCUACCGAUUCUAGAAGAAUCAAAUGAACAAUCAAAGGACGGUAAUAAUGAGUAUGACAACAAUUGCCAACGUGAAGGAUUCGGGCUUUCAAGAUAUCCAAGAUGGUGGACCCUGGGUCAUUUGGAAACACAGCAAUGCUCGUUGAGUUCGACUAUGCUUAGCGCAGCCAAGGGUGAUUCCAUUCGGCUAUCGCAGAUAUUGGAAAGUGCCAGAAAAAAUAUACACAGUUCUUGCCAUUUGUACAAGCUGGCAUUGGAUGCAUUUCGUUUUGCUUCACCUGAGACGGAUCCACGCAGCCAAACAUUAUUGGGUGUCGCUUUCGAAUUAGGACUUCAGGUGAUGCGAAUGACAUUGACUUGCGUAAAUUGGAGGCGACGUGAAAUGGUUCGUUGGUUGGUCACCUGUGCAACCCAACUAGGGUUGGAUGCUCUCCUUUCUAUCAUGCAAAAUUGGUAUCAAUAUUUCUCACCAACCGAAGCCACAGGAUCAGUAGCGAACGCGAUUAUGACAAAUUCCAAUCGAAUGAAUUUGAAUAUAAUGCAACAAGAAGAACUCGCCAAUUGCGCCCGAACGUUAGCUUUACAAUGUGCAACUAAAGAUCCUCCAAACUGUGCUUUGAACGCUUUAACCUUAUGCGAAAACGAUCCAAUGGCAUUUGAAACGGCCUAUCAAAUUGUUAUUGAUGCAGCUCAGCACAUAAUGAACUCUAGUCAACUAUUUACGAUUGCCCGUUAUAUGGAACAUCGAGGAUACGCUUCACGUGCAUACAAACUUGCUAUAUUAGCUAUGAAAAACGUCAAUUUGGCGUACAACCAAGAUUCACACCCAGCAAUCAACGACAUCCACUGGGCUUGUGCACUUGCACAUUCUCUAGGCAAAGCUGAACUAUCAAACAUUAUACCUCUCGUUAUUAAGAAUGUUCAAUGUGCCACUGUACUUUCGGAUAUACUUCGUAGUUGCAGCAUUCCAUCGCCGGGAGUCCCGCAUUUCAAUUCAAUGCAUAGAGGAAAUAAUAUAAGAUCUUACCAAAAGCUGAGCUAUGACAGAGCACCAUUACGGCAACUUCUGGAAGCUGCCGUUGCAGCUUACGUAAACACCACUCAUUCUCGAUUAUCGCAUAUUUCACCCCGUCACUACGGUGAUUUUAUUGAUUUUCUAAGCAAAGCCCGAGAUACGUUUAUCUUGGCUCGAGAUGGUCCUACACACUUUUCAAGACUUAUAGAGAAUAUCACUGUCGCUUAUAAGGGCAAGAAGAAGUUAGUUCGACAAGUGCGCCAAAGAUUUCAAUUUAUAUAAGCAGAUCUACCUUAAAUAUUAAAAAAAAAAAAAACAAAAAGAAUAUAGGAAUAGUUUUGAUUGCUAUUUCUUUUUUGAUACUGAUAUUGAUCGUUUAUGUUUAUCCUCUAUUUAUUAUUAUAUUUUACUCUCCAAUAUUUUUAUGUUCACUACGAUUGUCGUAAGCAUAGAUUUAUACAUUCCCAUCAAACUUAUUUAGGUGUAGAGCGAAAGUGAAAAGAAGAGAGAAUACAAAGCCAAACGUAGUAAAUUUAUUCGAAUUAUAGAUUUGUUUUCCCGAAUUUUAUUUUGUAUUUACUUGUCCGUGAUUAGAUACAAAAUUCAAUUCAUUGUUUUUAAUUACAAUUCAAUUUAUUUAGUUGUUAUUUGAUUGAAGGGUUAAAACAAAAAGAAGCAAAUCCGCAUCAUUGCUAGACGAAGAAUAUAUAGUUAAACUAGAUGAAUUUUAAGGUAUUGAAGUUGAUGCUCAGACGCACGUCUCCAAGUCAUUGCAUUAAUCCAUCACCGUGUAUAAGACUAUUAUAAUAAUUACUGCUGCUGCGGACUAGAAGAAAUUCUCGAUUGUAAUGGCGCAAUUGCUUCGAAACAAUUAAAGGUGAUUACGUUUCAUUUUCUCAUUUAGUUAAGUUGUUAAAUGUUAUACAUUUUAUUUUUCGUUUUAAAAAACAAUUACGUCAAUUUUUUUGACCGUAUCCAAGUAUACUGAGUUUAAUAUGAAUUUUUUUGGUUUAUCAUUACUUUUACGUGAUUUAAUCAAAUUUUAUUUGGACUCUCUUAUUUUUUCGAUUAUCCCAGUUGGACAUUGGGAUUAGUGAUUUGAGUUUUGUUGUUCAUUCGAAAGACGAAACACUAGACAAAUAGCGAAGCUUAUACCACCAGUUUAGUUUAAUUAUUAUCUUUAAACUGCCCGCAAACACUAAGAAAAUAUUUAUUCAAGGACAUUCAGGUUUUUUUCACGCAGGAAAACUAAAUAUAUUUCCGUUAUCCACAACAAAAAACACGCAACAUGUGACAUGAAAAACAAUAGAACGGAUAUUGUGCCAGUAUUUUGACUUUUUUUGGUGAUCAUCAUCAAUGAUUUAGUGUUUUAUUAUUAUAGUGUUAGUGCUGAAUUAAACUUUAAUUUCAUUCUAAGGUUAAUACGUUAGAUCUAGCAUAUGAAUUCUAGUAAGUAAGGAUUUAGAAAUGAACAAAAUAACAACUAAAUACCUAAAACAAGUUGCAGGACAUAUUCAUAUGAUAAAAUUACAAAUAAAUUAUAGCAACACUAAUAGAAUAAAAAAACGAAAAUGGAAAAUAACAAUUAUGUUAAAUGGCGUAAUCAAAAAUAUAUAAAGAAACAAAGAAAAAAUUGAAAAUGCUUUCGCACAAACAACAAUAAUAAAAGCAACCAAGUUUAACAUUAUUGUGUAUUAUAUUCUCAGGACUUACCAAUAUAAAUGAAGUAAAUGCAUAAAAAUAAUAUCAAACGUUUAUUUAAUUUUAUUUCUGAUUUGCAUUUGCAAUAACCAUAAUAAGCAGAAAUAAAACAGACGCAUUGAAAGAA